AUGUGGAUUAUCAGCGUUCUGCUACUAGCAUACUUAUUGCUUCGGCCUGUUACACCUUCGAGUCUCAGAUUUGGCCGAGAAGCAGAUUCAAAAUUUAAGGAUCUAUGGGAAAAAUGGAUGGGUACAUUGAGCAAAUUUUUCCAAGUUACAUGUACUCUACAAAAAUUAUGGGAUUUAUUCGGUGGGAAAUUCCUCGCAACAUCAUCAAAUAUGUGA